AUGACCCUUGAGGUCGAAACAGGUGCCAUUGUUGAGGAGCCAGCUGCAGCAGAAGAUGAUCCAAAGAUGUUGUUUCCGUUCCCUCCAGCUUCGGUCGACAUGAUGAUGGCAAGAAGCAGCAAUAAAUGGGCGACAACAACAGUGUCAUCAUCUUCAAUUCUAAUGGAGGCAAAGGCAACGCACCCGCUCCAGCAGAUCGCCGGCAACCCGACCCACAAACUCCUCCUGAAGCAGUGGCUGAAAGAGGAGGACCUCAUCUUCAACCGCCUCUCCCUCAAGGAAACCCAAAUCGACGCCACCCGAAACCAAAUCACCCACCUCUACUGCCUCUUCUUCCUCUUCCACUCCACCUCCCUCCUCCUCCUCUUCUCAACGCGGCCCCCCGCCCUCUGCACGCGCUCCUGGCUGCCCUCCCUCUGCUCCCUGCUCUUCUCGCUCGCCUUCAUUUGGGCCAUCCGCUACAAAACCGAUGAGGAGUCGCAUUUGGAGAAGAUGCUGAGGCGGGAGAAGGAGGACUCCAAGCUUCUGGGCAAGUGCGUUGAGGAAUUGAAGAGGAAGGGCCUGGAGUUCGAUCUGCUUACUCAGGUGGACGCGCUUCGUCGGGCUAAGACCUUGCGUCUCGACUCUAAGGCCCUUCGCAAGUGGUCGCCCCGGGAUUUUGUUACCAUGUUUUUCGUGACGCUCUCUUGUGGUGUCAUGCUUUUGAACAGGCUCAUCUUGUGCACUUGAACAUGCACUCUCUUUUGCUUAUGCACUAUAACUUGCAAAUCUCUCUUUUGUGUAACGUGGAUAUAGAUAGACAUAUAGUUUCAUUUGUUAUAUUACAAAGAUUGGAAUUUAGACUGGAUGCCUUGCAAAAUUUGUAAUGUAAUUUGAAUGAAAAGUGUGUGUGUUGAAUUUUAUU